ACCUGUGUUUUAAAAUUAGAAAUAAUGAAGAAGAAGAAGAAGAAGAAAGAAAAACUAGGCCUGCGGAAUAGUGCUGUUCCAAAGUCCAGGCCAUCAGGACCCGCAGAUCGAGGCAGAGGAAAUAGUUCGAGUCUGAAGAGAAAGCAGCAGCAAAAUGCUUUCCUUCAAAAUCACUCGGGUUAUUUCUUUGAUAUUAAGGAUCCUGAGCGCCAUUGCGCUCUUUACGUCCAUGGUCAUCCUUGGCAUCAAUAAUCUCGAACUGAUUCCUUACAAGAACGGAAAGCUUGGAAAACCCUACACCUCCCACUUUUAUGACGAAGUAGGGUUCCGAUACGUUUUUGCUACGGCUUUUAUUGGGACUGCAUAUUCAAUCGGCCAGGGUGUAUGUACAAUUAUCCAUAUGGCGAAAGGAAAUCAAGUAGGGCAUGUCACGUUUGAUUUCUAUGCUGAGGAGGUUAUGUCAAAUUUUUUAGCUUCAGGAGCUGUCCCAGGAUUUAUCACGGCUGCACAGUACUUGAAAAUGUGGGAUGAAAUUAAUUCGGGAAUAGACCAUCGCUUUAUCAAUAUGACAUAUAUAGCAUCUGGACUUGUCAUCUUUGCCUUCCUCAGCAGUUUCGUAAUAUCAGUCUUCUCUUCAUAUGCACUCGGUAGAAAUGAUGAUGAUGAGCUUUUGUAAACAAAACUACUGAUCAGUAAGUUCGGGCCGUUUUUGGCUAUUCAUUAAUGGAA